GCGCACUUUGAGUUCUACGUUCUAAGGCAGAUGGAGGUGCCAGUUGUACAUUCUCUCUAGCUCUGGGUAGUACCUCACCAUGCAGCCUGUUUGACACGUUUAACAGUUGUGCCGGAGAGGGCUUUUACAUCGUAUCUAACCGGAAGGCUCCUGUGGCAGAAAAGGAAGAGAAGAUUUGUAACAGUUGGAGAAAUUACUGAUAACUCUCCUCUCAGCUCACCCAAACCGCCAAAACGGAAGGCUUUGGAGUAUUCAAUUUUUUCUUUCGUUGUAUGUUUUUUCUCUUCCUCAUCGUGGUGCUGGGAGGUGCUUCAUCUUUUCAUAUAUUUGCUCUCUCCUUCAUUUGUCUCCUCAUUUACUUCUCCAUCUACCUGCUGUACAAUUUCCUCUAUUUAUGAGUGAGAGAAAAGAGAGAGAGGAGGGGGAGUUUGUAUUUUUAUUUUUGGCCUUUCUUUCUUUCCCUCCUCACCAUUCCAUCCCUUUCAAUCCUUAUCCCUUCCUUCCCUCCUACACCAUUUUUCACCAGUUCUCCACAGCACAUUCCUCUCCCUCUCUUUCUCUGUCUUUAAACUCAGAUGUAAAUGAACUUGGAUUGAAUUUUUGAAAGAAAGAGACAACUUAAACAAGAACUCUUCUUCAAUGACUCCUUUUCCCCCAUUUUCCCUCUCUUCCUCUUCUGGUCCUUCCUCACCCACAUCCUAUGCAUCACAAUUUUGCGGGAUUCUUAAUUGGUAACUCUAGGGGGUUCAAUUCAAACAAACACCCCAUAUUUAUUGCUUUGAGCGGGAUUUCACCAUGAAGGACUAAGGAACCCACACCACGUUUUGUGGCAGCUCUGUCUUUACUGUUGUCCCACUCCUCUGAUCACCACUAAAUUAAUAAUGAGUUACAGACAAGAGUUAAAUAGUCUUGACAAAGGGGAGAACACAGACCGAACAUACAGACAGACAACGGUGACUAAAUAAACGAGGGGAGCGACAGAAGAAACAGAAAAAGGGAAAGAGGAAGACGUGCUCUAAUCUCAGCAUUGCCACGGCAACCGUUGUUCUCACACACAGAGUUGUCAGAGGAAACCUCGUCGCGCUGUAUCGUCCAGUGGAAGAAGAAGGGAGGAUGAGUCGGACGACAAGAGACAAAUGAGAACGCCUCGCCCCUCUCCAUCUCUUUCUCCAUUCCUCAUUUCUCAUUUUCUUUAUUGAGUUCUCCUCACACACUCAAACUACACAUUUUGAGUUGACGGUUGACAGUUUUUGUCCUAAAUGCUAAAUCUAAAACACAUUGAACCACAGCUACAUUAGAUCUUUCAUUAUUCAUUCUACAAGCGAUUUUAUUCUGAUACUUGACAUUUGGACAUAAGUUAGUAUAUAUUCCUAUCAGCAGUUGAACACUGUAUUUACAUUACACCUGUUAUCACUCACUGAUCCCCUCCACACACACACACACACACUCACACACACACGUUCAAUCCAGGUGCUCAUCCCUCACUCCAUAAGCCCUCUUCACGUCUACUCCUCUGCACGGCUUCAUCUGUUCAUGCUUCCCUCCACCCGGUGCUAUGAGAGGAGUAGUUGAGUCCCAGACCACACCACCAUGCCAGUUCUGAAGAGUAGAGAGGUGAUCUGGGCUGGCAAUGUACAAGGUACUGCAUUCACACUCCUCCACGAUGCUUGUCAGCCUCCUCUCCCCCUCCCCACUCCAGGACAGGCGCGUCACCUCCUCCGCCUCCUUCCCCCCCCCUCCUCCCGAACACUCCUCUUCCCCUCAUCAGCACCCCCGGCUGGCCCUUCCCUCCCUCUCCCUCCCCCUCUCCCUCUCUCUCCUCCUCCUCUCCCUACUUCUCCUGCCCGUCUGCGAGUCGGCGCGGUCACCUGGGAGGGGCGGAGCUGGCCAGGGCGGGGGAGCACCAGGAGGAGCACCCGGGACGGGAGGAGCAGGAGGCCAGAAAGGAGGCCUCAUCCCCCCUCACUACCCCCCUUACUACCCCCCAGUAUCCCCUGCCCGGCCCCCUGCGCCCCCCUUACCUCCCAAAGUGGCCUCGUCUCUCAGCAUCGCCGUCAUCCUGGUGGGCAACUCUAGCGAGGUGUCGUCUACCUACGUGGAGAAAGAGGAGUUCCUCCAUGUGCCCCACCCUACCAAAGUCCAACUGGAGACCAUGAACUACACGGACCCCAAGAGUAUCAUCAACCGUAUCUGCACCCUGAUGACUAACACCUGGCUGCAGGGGGUGGUGUUCGGGGACGACACGGACCAGGAGGCCAUCGCCCAGAUCCUGGACUUCAUCUCUGCCCAGACACACAUCCCCAUCCUGGGCAUCCGAGGAGGCUCCUCCAUGGUCAUGGCUGCCAAGGACGACCACUCCAUGUUCUUCCAGUUUGGCCCGUCCAUAGAGCAGCAGGCGUCCAUCAUGCUGAAGAUCAUGGAGGAAUACGACUGGUACAUCUUCUCCAUCGUCACCACCUACUACCCCGGAUACCAGGACUUUGUCAACAAAAUCCGGAGCACCAUAGAGAACAGUUUUGUGGGCUGGGAGCUAGAAGAAGUCCUCCUGUUAGACAUGUCUGUGGAUGAUGGAGAUGCUAAGAUCCAGAACCAGAUGAAGAAGCUGCAGAGCCCUGUCUACCUGCUCUACUGCACCAAGGAGGAGGCCUACACCAUCUUCGAGGUGGCAAACUCUGUGGGACUGACGGGAUACGGAUACACCUGGAUCGUACCGUCGCUGGUGGCCGGCGACGCCGAUAAUGUCCCUGCCGUGUUCCCCACAGGGCUAAUUUCGGUGUCGUAUGAUGAAUGGGACUACGGUUUGGAGGCUCGGGUGAGGGAUGCAGUGGCUGUCAUCGCCAUGGCGACUUCCACCAUGAUGCUGGACCGGGGGCAACACACGCUGCUCAAGUCAGGCUGCAACGAGACCCCUAACAAGAAGGGCUCCAAACAAGGCAACUCCAAUGAAGUGCUCAAGUAUCUGAUGAACGUGACGUUUGAGGGACGCAACCUGUCGUUCAGUGAGGAUGGAUACCAGAUGCACCCCAAACUGGUCAUCACCCUGCUAGACAAGCAGAGACGCUGGGACAAGGUGGGUAAGUGGGAGAACAGCUCCCUGUCCAUGAAGUACCACGUGUGGCCCAGGUUUGAGCUGUUCUCCGAUGGGGAGGCCCGGGAGGACGACCACCUGUCCAUCGUGACGCUGGAGGAGGCUCCCUUUGUCAUCGUGGAGGACGUGGACCCCCUCAGUGGCACCUGCAUGAGGAACACCGUGCCCUGCAGGAAACAGCUUAAAAUACUCAACCAGACAGUACCUGGUCAGUACACCAAGCGCUGCUGUAAAGGUUUCUGCAUCGACAUCCUGAAGAAGAUCGCCAAGCAGGUCAAGUUCACCUACGACCUCUACCUGGUCACCAACGGAAAGCACGGCAAGAAGAUCAACGGCACCUGGAAUGGAAUGGUCGGGGAGGUGGAGCAGAAGAAGGCCCACAUGGCCGUGGGGUCGCUCACCAUCAACGCGGAGAGGUCUGAGGUCAUUGACUUCUCCGUGCCCUUCAUCGAGACGGGGAUUAGUGUCUUGGUCUCCCGUAGCAACGGCACUGUCUCCCCCUCUGCCUUCCUUGAGCCGUUCAGUGCGGACGUGUGGGUGAUGAUGUUUGUGAUGCUGCUGCUGGUGUCUGCGAUUGCUGUGUUUGUGUUUGAGUACUUCAGCCCGGUUGGCUACAACCGCUGCUUGGCAGACGGACGAGAGCCCGGCGGCCCCUCCUUCACCAUCGGCAAGGCCAUCUGGCUGCUGUGGGGCCUGGUUUUCAACAACUCUGUCCCCGUCCAGAACCCCAAAGGCACCACCAGUAAGAUAAUGGUGUCGGUGUGGGCCUUCUUCGCUGUCAUCUUCCUGGCCUCCUACACUGCCAACCUGGCUGCCUUCAUGAUCCAGGAGGAGUAUGUGGACCAGGUGUCGGGCCUCAGCGACAAUAAGUUCCAAAAACCCAACGCCUUCUCCCCGCCAUUCCGUUUCGGAACGGUGCCCAACGGAAGCACGGAACGGAACAUCCGCAACAAUUACCCAGAGAUGCACCAGUAUAUGACCAGCUACCACCAGAAGAACGUGGACGAGGCCCUGGCAAGCCUCAAGGGAGGUAAAUUGGAUGCCUUCAUCUACGAUGCCGCUGUGUUGAACUACAUGGCCGGGAGGGACGAGGGCUGUAAGCUUGUGACCAUCGGCAGCGGGAAGGUGUUCGCCACCACCGGUUACGGCAUCGCCAUCCAGAAGGACUCUGGCUGGAAGAGAGCAGUGGACCUGGCCAUCCUCAUGCUGUUCGGCGACGGAGAGAUGGAGGAGCUGGAGGCUCUGUGGCUGACGGGGAUCUGCCACAAUGAGAAGAACGAGGUGAUGAGCAGCCAGCUGGACGUGGACAACAUGGCGGGCGUCUUCUACAUGCUGGGGGCGGCCAUGGCUCUGUCGCUCAUCACCUUCAUCGCCGAGCACGCCUUCUACUGGCAACUGCGCUUCUGCUUCAUGGGCUACUGCACCGGCAAGCCAGGCUUUACCUUCUCCAUCAGCAGGGGCAUCUGGAGUUGUAUCCACGGGGUCCAGAUCGAGGAGAACAAGUCGACCAUGGACUCUCCAUCGGCCACCAUGAACAUGAACAUGAACAACACCCACUCUAACAUCCUGCGACUGCUCCGCACCGCCAAGGACAUGACCGCCAUCCCGGGGGUCAACGGCUCGCCGCACACGCACGGCGCCCUGGACUACGGUGGCCACCACCGCGGCGGCGGUGAGUCGCCCGGCAUCUACGACAUUUCCGAGCACCGGCGUAGCUUGCAAGAGCGCAAGGCCCCGCCGCCGCCAUACCUGCCCGAGGACAACAUGUUCAGCGACUACAUCAGCGAGGUGGAGAGGACUUUUGGCAACUUGCCCCUGAAGGACAACAACCUGUACCAGGACCAUUACCUGCACCACCACUCAGGCCCGGGACCCAGGCUGGCUCUGGGUAUGUCCGGCCCCCCGCCUAACAGGCAGAGUAGCUUAGGUAGUACCAGUUCAUUGGAGGGAGGGAUGUUUGAUUGUGACAGCUUAGGGGGAGGGGUAGCACCCAUAUUCACCACACAGCCCCGCGUUGCCUCCCUGACACACAGGAACACCAAUAAGUUUGACCUGAUCGCCGGCCACGCCUCGGCCUCAGGCUCCGGUCAGCAGGGGGGUCAGUUCAAGUCGAACGACCUCUACGGGAGGUUCUCCUUCAAAGGCGGGGCGUCCAGUUCUGGGUUUAUCGACAGGGGCGGUCACGACAGGUACUGCGUGGGUGGAGGAGGAGGGGGUGGCGGGGGCUCUGGGGGCGAUGAUGUGUCGGAUAUCUCCUCGCACACCAUCACCUACGGCAAUCUGGAGGGCAACGCCAAGAGGCGUAAACAGUACAGGGACAGCCUGAAAAAGAGGCCCGCCUCAGCCAAAUCCAGACGGGAGCAGGACGAGAUUGAUUACCGGAGGCGAGCCCACCACCAUCACACCGUCCACCACCACUUCUCCCGCGGGCCCCUAGGACACCGCUCAGCCUCCCCGCCCCUGGCCCCCUCUGAGCGGAAGAGAGGAGGAGGUGGAGGAGGAGGGGGUAACUCUUCACCUUACUUAUUCCGCGACAAAGAAAAUCUAAGGGAGUUCUAUGCGGAGCAGUUCCGUUCCAAGGAGGGCUCAGCCAAGUGGGAGCAUGUGGAUAUGUCCGACGGGCCUUGUCCGAUGGGCAGUGGGGGAGGAGGAGGCGGUGGCGGUAGUAGUGGUAGUGGCAUUUGUAAGAGCCUAGUGCCCGUGGAGGAUUUCCUGAAAGGUAACAAACCCAAGAAGUCAGAGGGUACAAGUGGCGUAGUCGGAGGGAUGGGCUUGGGGUCGUCAGGGCAACAGGCCCACACGUGUUGGGAGAAGAACAUGUCUGAAGUGGGGGGUGGAGGCAUAGCAGGGGGUGACUGGGAGUGUCGGAAUCACAGUGGUGGUGGCGGGGGAGGAGGAGGGGGCAAGUCCAUCUCUCACCAUGGGGGAGGGGGAGGAGGGGGAAAGUCCAUCUCUCACCAUGGGGGAGGGGGAGGAGGGAGCACCUGUACGCAUGGGGGCACUAGUGGCGGAGGGGGAAAUAGUCGCCCAAGCUCUGCUACUUGCAAACGGUGCGAGUCGUGUAAGAAACAAGGCAACCUGUAUGACAUCAGUGAGGAUAACCUCAUAUUUAGCAAGAUGGGGGGUGGAGGGGAGAAGAGUGGUGACGCGGGGGGUGCUGGCCAAUCACAAAGUCAGGCACAGCGCAGGAAGCUAGGGCCAGGUGGGCGGGUGUUACGGAGGCAACACUCCUACGACACGUUUGUGGAUUUGCAGAAGGGGGGGGGCGGCCGCCGCAUGGGCGGGGGUGGAGGAGGAGGUGGGGGAGGAGAAGGAGGGGGAGGGGGGCAGCUCCCCCCGCCCAGAAGCGUGAGCUUGAAAGACAAAGACCGCUACAUGGAGGGUGUUAGCCCAUACGCCCAAAUGUUUGCCCAGUACGCGGAGAGGGACAGAGAUAGUCCCUCCUUUUUCAGUCGGGGUGGUAGUGAGCGGGAGAGGGCGAAAGGAGGCUCCUCCUUCAGUUUGUUCCGAGGCGAACGAGGCGAAGGUGGGUUGCACCGUCGGUCGGUGGGGGAGAAAGACAUGAGGGACAGGGAUAGAAGAAUGAUGGGAGGUGGAGGUGGGGUGGGCGGUAGUGGCAAAGGGGCCGGGACUUACUCCUUGUCUAAAUCUCUCUACCCAGAUAAGGUGACCCAGAACCCCUUCAUCCCAACCUUCGGCGACGACCAGUGUCUAUUACACGGCGGCAAACCAUACUACGUCAAAAUGUCGCCACAGCAACAGCAACAACCGCCACAGCAUCUCCUCAACAACAGCCGCGGGGACUUCAGAGGCUCCAUGGGGGUGCCUUCCUAUUUACCGGCAUCAGCCACGACGGGGGUCAUGUCCAACGUGACCCCCAGGUUCCCCAAUGAUCUGUGUCUUGGUGGAGGGUUGGGGGGGCCCAUGGGGAACCACCAUGGCCCCGGACUGGGAGGCAACAAGCUACUGCCGGUCAGGGACAGGGGGUUAGGGAUGGUGGGGCAGGGCGGCCAGAGACCCUUCAAUGGCUCGAGCAACGGCCACGUUUACGAGAAGCUCUCCAGUAUCGAGUCUGAUGUCUGAGAGAAAGAGAUGGGGCUAGAGAACAGGAUAAUUGCUUCUCCGUCUGAGUAGAACAAAUAGACGCUACAUUGUGUACAUCGUUCUCAUAUUUCUAACCGAGAAAGUUUAGUUGGACAAUGGACACCGCGGACAGAGUGAAGGAGAGUGAAGGUACAGUCAAGCGUAACAGAAAGCGACACGACUUCUAAUGAGGAAAUGAAUGGAUUCUGCUGCUUGACUCUGAGACUGUGAGGGAGGAGGAGAGAAAUCUCUCCUACGUUUCUCCUCUCCUUCUUCACCCCCUCUUUUAUCUUUCCCUCUCUUCCGCUCGCCUGCUGUUCCUCACACCAAAACAAAGGUUUUGUUUAGCUAUCAGAAAUACAAUCAAAUGAAUGAAAAAUCUAAGUAACAGGGUAAACUAACAAUAAUUGUAUUGAUAAUGUUGUUAAUAAUGAUAUUAUUGAAUAUAAUUACAAUGUUUAAGAUGUUCAGUUUGGGCUCUUUUUUUUUUAUAGUUAAUGUUGUUUUAUAUUUGUACUGUUGUUAAUUAUUUGCUAGGCCACCAUAUUACAGGAGACUAGUAGAGAUGUUACUUAAGUACCAAUACUUUUAGGUUCGUGUAAUUCAGAUUUCUUCUUAAUUCUUGAUUAUCCAUGUUGAAAAAUGUUUAUUUUCUGUUCUUGGAGUGCUGUGAAAAAGUGUACUGUAUGUGAAAGGCAUGAUUUGCUGAGUACAUUCUCCAUGUACUUGACAUCUUAUUGUGAAGGAGAAAGUCCUUAUGUGGCAUCAUACUUGUUUGCAGUUUAGAUUUCUUGUUUUGCCUGGGGAGUAGGGAGUAGUAGUGAUCUCAGAUACCGAGCGGGAUGUGCCUUACUGAAUUCACUACAAUCAUAAAGACAUGAAGACUCCUCCUCCUAUCGGUAGAAAGAGUGUUCAUUCUGUGGACGAUUCAGUUAUUAACUAGUAAUUCAUAAAGUGGUUAUCAUGUUCUCUGAGAAUCCGCUUAGCUGAGAUUUUGCUUUAAACAAGAUCCACCCACCUGAAAGGAGAGAGAGUUGCAUCAUGGGAGAUGUAGUUUUCUGCUAGUUUCACUCGGGUGCUAGUCAAAAGGCUCUUAUGGAUAUCAAUAAACACACUGGACGAUUUUAUCAUAUACCAUCAUAUCUCAUCCUUUAGCUUUCCAUAAAUAAUUUUGAUUUACAGUUUUAAAUCCCAACAUAUCACGAGUCCUUAUAUUCCCAAAGGUAAACUAUCAAUUACACUUUUCUUUUUUUAAAUUAUUUUUUGGGCAUAGAUGCAGUAUAUGCUAAAUGUAUGUAAAUCACCUUGUAUGCCUAUAUGUUGCUGGGAAGCGAUUAAAUGGAGUUGGUUUCAAUUGGCCUUGACAGUUUUCUACUUUUAAGACAUGGUCUUAAUGGACUGUUGGAACAUGGCCUGGGAAUGGAGAGAUGAACAGCAGGACGUGUUAAUUAUUUAAUUUUUAUUAUGGCAGUAAGCUGUUGCUGCUAUAUUGUCAAGACACAUUUAUUAGAAGGGGGAUGAGUAGAAAGUGAUGUGCUGUGAACACAGGGAGGAAAGAAAGUUCAGUUGGUUUAUUUAUUUAUUUCACCCAAUCACUGUACUGUUACUGUACUAUAUACUGCAUAUCUCUCCUUAAUUCACGUCAAGGACUUGAUCGAACCACUAAUCAUGUUUGACUUACUUAGAAUGUGUUAUAAUUUCUGAGAUAAUUCAGAUAUUGCAUAUUGGUCACAUGAGAUGGGGAUUGGGGAGAAAAAUCACUAUUUCACUAUUUGUUUGCUUAAGUGAGCUUUUUUCUUUCCUUGUGAAUACCAAAAUGAAUCAAUCACUUUAUACAGUCCACAAAAGACAGUCUGGAUGUAACAUUCAGUAAAUCUCAGCAAACUUUCAACAUUUUGCCGAAGAUGAUUAUGGAAUGUUUUGGCAAUUUCCAUCAAUGGCUUGAUACAUACGUAGGAUAAAAGGAUCAUGAAGUUUGUAAAGCUUGAGCAUAU